AUGCAGGUAUUGGAGAACUAUGUUCAACCAGAAGCUCUUGAGAUACACUGCAGUCUUGAGGCACACCAAUAUCUCCUUCAAGUGGCAAUAUAUCAUCUUCACAAUGUUGUGUACUUGAAGAGUACUCGUGCUAGUAAAAUAUUGGCUUUGGUUCCACGAGAGCAUGCCCCUUCCGAUGCUAGUGAGAAUUCAAAUUCUGAACCUGAAAAUGUUUAUGUAAGGCCUCAGAUUGAUUUUGACUCUAACACCUCUCCUGCACAUUCUCAUCAUGAGUUUGACUGUGAAUCCUCUUCUGCACCAUCCACCCCUGCAUCUUCGCUUGAAAAUCUUAACCUCGAUUCCUCAUUUGAUGACAACCCUGUUGAUACCCAAUAUGAACCAGAAGAAGAAGCAUUAUUAGAUACAGUUCCAUUAACACCAAUCCUGCAAGAAAUACGAGAAUCUAACUACGAGAAUAUUCCAUCUAACAUUCCCUCGCUUCCAUCUAACAUUCCUUCUGUAUCUUCAAUACCAGCCACAUCUAUUACUCCACGAUUAUCUAGAAAAACAAGAUCAAAACAACCAACUGCAUCAGCUGCAAAAAGGGUAAAACGAAUAAAGAAGAAAGUGCAAUUGACGUAUACUUGGAAAAAAGCGCAAUUUCGCCAUAGAGCGACGAUUGAAGAAGAAGAUAUGGAUUAUGUUGACAUGCCUGAACCCAAGGUUGUUGCGAGUCGUUUGGCUGUAGUUCGGUGGAACGAUAACAAGGCUGUAACUUUGAUAAGUUCCUAUGCUGCAAGUGAGCCAGUGGGAAAGAUUUUAAGAUAUAGCAAAGAAGAGAAGAAGAAAGUGGAAGUACCGUGUCCGCAAGUUGUACGAGAGCACAACCAGCAUAUGAAAGGUGUAGAUUUCGCCGAUAUGCUCAUAUCACUCUUUAAAACACCAUUCAAAAGUAGGAGGUGUGACCAGAGUGACAUCGAUGAUUCCGAUGCUGAUCCACAUUUUAAUAUAUUAUCUCCAAAUAAAACGACUUUACCGAACAAGUCCGAUUCUUCUUCUUCUUCCAGUAGCAGCAGUAGUUCAUCUUCUUCUAGCUCCGAUAGUUCAUCUGAGGCGGACCAAAAUAAUGAUAUUGUAUCUGAAGAAAUAAGAGGCAAGAAAAGAACAAGGAAACCCGAAAAUGGAAAAGACUAUAAAGAAAUUCGUCAAAGAGACAAUUUACCAAUUGCUAUACCGUCAACAUUUAAUCGGAUCUUUAAUACAGAGUUCAAUAUCUCAUUCUCCACACAGAAAAAGGAUCUUUGCGAUCUAUGUGGAAGCUACAUUAAGUCAGAUGAAAAUGGCAAGCAGAAACUACAAGAAAACUAUGAACAACAUCUUAAAGAAAAAGAAUUAGCAAGGAUAGAAAAGGACAAUGAUAAAAAAAGAACUGAUGUUAAAGUAGCUGUAUAUGAUCUGCAAACAGUAAUGCAAGUGCCUAAAGGACAGGUAUCCUUACUUUUUUUAUAA